CAAAUCCAGUUUGCUGAUGACAUGCAGGAGUUCACCAAAUUCCCCACCAAGACAGGCCGCCGCUCUCUGUCCAGGUCCAUCUCUCAGUCCUCCACCGACAGCUACAGCUCAGCUGCGUCCUACACAGACAGCUCUGAUGAUGAGGUCUCCCCCCGGGAUAAGCAGCAAACCAACUCCAAGGGCAGCAGCAAUUUCUGCGUGAAGAACAUCAAGCAGGCAGAAUUUGGACGCCGGGAGAUUGAGAUCGCAGAGCAAGACAUGUCUGCUCUGAUUUCACUCAGGAAACGCGCUCAGGGGGAGAAGCCCUUGGCUGGUGCUAAAAUAGUGGGCUGUACACACAUCACAGCCCAGACUGCGGUGUUGAUUGAGACGCUCUGUGCGCUGGGGGCCCAGUGCCGCUGGUCUGCCUGCAACAUCUACUCCACGCAGAACGAAGUGGCUGCAGCACUGGCUGAGGCUGGCGUUGCAGUGUUCGCGUGGAAGGGCGAGUCGGAAGAUGACUUCUGGUGGUGCAUUGACCGCUGUGUGAACAUGGACGGGUGGCAAGCCAACAUGAUCCUGGAUGAUGGGGGAGACUUAACCCACUGGGUUUAUAAGAAGUAUCCAAACGUGUUUAAGAAGAUCCGAGGCAUUGUGGAAGAGAGCGUGACUGGUGUGCACAGGCUGUAUCAGCUCUCCAAAGCGGGGAAGCUCUGUGUUCCAGCCAUGAACGUCAAUGAUUCUGUUACCAAACAGAAGUUUGAUAACUUGUACUGCUGCCGAGAGUCCAUUCUGGAUGGCCUGAAGAGGACCACAGACGUGAUGUUUGGUGGGAAGCAGGUGGUGGUGUGUGGCUACGGUGAGGUGGGGAAGGGCUGCUGUGCUGCUCUCAAGGCCCUCGGAGCCAUCGUCUACAUCACAGAGAUCGACCCCAUCUGCGCUCUGCAGGCCUGCAUGGACGGGUUCCGGGUGGUAAAGCUCAGUGAAGUCAUCCGGCAGGUGGACGUGGUGAUCACCUGCACAGGAAAUAAGAACGUAGUGACGCGGGAGCAUCUGGACCGCAUGAAAAACAGUUGUAUCGUGUGCAACAUGGGCCACUCCAACACGGAAAUUGACGUGACCAGCCUGCGCACCCCGGAGCUGACGUGGGAGCGGGUCCGUUCUCAGGUGGACCAUGUCAUCUGGCCCGACGGCAAGCGCGUCGUCCUGCUGGCAGAGGGCCGCCUGCUCAACCUGAGCUGCUCCACAGUCCCCACCUUUGUGCUGUCCAUCACGGCUACCACACAGGCUUUGGCACUGAUAGAGCUCUACAAUGCACCCGAGGGACGCUACAAGCAAGACGUGUACUUGCUGCCCAAGAAAAUGGAUGAGUACGUUGCCAGCUUGCACCUGCCAUCAUUUGAUGCCCACCUGACAGAGCUGACGGAUGACCAAGCAAAAUAUCUGGGACUCAACAAAAAUGGGCCAUUCAAACCCAAUUAUUACAGGUAA